AUGUACCUGCAGUUUACAGCGGGCGCUGCGGGGAGGAAGAAUGAUGAAGGCAAUGAAUGGGACGCCGGAGAGCAACGGGAUAAGAGAGGAACCAUCCAGGUGCAAAAUCCGCAGCGUUGUCGCCACGGCAGGGGUGGAUUCAAAGUUGAGGAUUUUCGCGAACUGAGGUCGCAGGGGAUGAUCCCGAACUGA